AAUGGAACAUGUUUAGAUGGUCGCCAUGGCAGAGCCUGUGCUAUGGGUGCCAGCAGCAGCGUCCAGGGCGCGGUUUGCACCACGAGUUUGGAAGCGGAGGCGCUCCUCCGCUACCCUCCUGCACGGUGGUCAGGUUGGGGAUGCUCUCUUUCAUGGCUGGGCAAAGCCCUCGGCUGCUGCAGAGAGGCUGAGUGCUGGGCUGAUCUUCUUUUCUCGACUCGGGAUGUGCCAGUUUCAGUUCUCUGGCCAAACUGGGCUGGUCCCUACAUGCCACCUGCUGUUCCAGGGCUUGGUUUGAGCAUUGCACGUUACAACAUUGGUGGAUGCGGUCGACCAGAGGAGCAAUCGGGGCACCCAUACGGAGGGAGCAAGGUGCGAGGCUGGUUUGCCCUGAUUGAAGGCUUUCAGCCAGUUCCAGGUGGUGAAUUCGAUUGGACUAGAGACGAGGGACAGAGGAACUUUCUGCACCUAGCCAUCGAGAGAGGCGUAGACCAAGUCGAGCUCUUUGCAAACGCGCCAAUGUGGUGGAUGAGCAGCAGUGGCUCAUCAUUUGGUGGUUCUUUGGCACAAGCAGAUGAGUUCGCCAACUACCUCGGCGAGGUUGCGUCGCAAGCCAGAAGUGGAUGGGGUGUGCCAGUACGAUCUGUGGCGCCAUUCAAUGAGCCAUCCGCUGACUGGUGGAUGUUCCCUCAUGACCAGGAAGGCUGCAAGAUUGAUUUGGCGCAGCAAGCUCGAGUCAUAGCCCGCCUUCGGGAUGAGUUGGAUCAGCGAGGACUUGUGGAUGUUGCCAUUGCUGCAAGUGACGAGAACAGGCCAGACCAUGCUAUUAAAACAUGGCAAGAGCUUGGCCGAGCUGAAGUGGCAGGCGGUCCAUCAGGCAGCUAUGUCGGCUGCUUGAAUGUACACGCUUAUGACGGCUUGGAGCCUUGGCUUGAGGCCCGCCACCAUGGGUUUCGCUCGGCUCUGCGAAGGCUAGCAACAGUUGCCGGGGUUCCUUUGUGCGUGUCUGAGCACGGCAACGGGGACAUCAGUGGCGUGACUUUGGCCCAGGUCAUUUUGGAGGAUCUACAUUUCCUCCAGCCAGCUUCUUGGUGCUACUGGCAGCCAGUGGAGCAUCAUUCGACGUGGGGAAUGGUGCAGGUGGACUUUGGCGAUUCUCCGUCCAGUGAGCCCAGGCCAUCAAGCUUGCCGCACCCAAAGUACUUUGUUUUCGCCCACUUCACCCGCUUUCUGAGGCGCGGCAUGAUUAUGCUUCAUUGCACCGAACCAUGGGCAGCUGCAUGUUUUGCCCCUGAGGAGAACUCGUUGGCUGCUGUGCUAACGAACCCAAACUCGACGCAGAGCAGGUUGCGCCUGAGAUUGCCGGCUUUCGUCCCCAAGGGUCGAGGUGGCGCAGAGCGGCGUAGAGUUCAAGCAGUCUUGACGGAACCACUUCGCCAGCGACUGUUUGUUCCGUGCGAAGUUGAGGUGCAGGAAGCUGCAGGGUCUUUGGAGAUACUUGUGGAGGUGCCUCCAAAGGCGAUUUGUUCAGUGCUGCUAUCCAAUGUUUCGCUCAUUGCAGGCAAGUCGUCCGUGCAAGACGGAACCUCCAUGGAUAGCCCCGGAGCAGCUCAGGCAGGAAAGCUGCGCAAACACAGCCACGAUGCCGAGUCUGGUGUCACAGUGCAGAUGAUUUCUGGCAUGGCUCGGGCAGCUUCUGAAGGUGCAGCCCAUGAGCGUUGGUUGGGGCAGGCGGACAUGCAGACAGUCAAGUGUUGGUCUCGCUGGGAGCACGAGUG